AUGCAGGUGAAGAAACAGAGGUGCUCAGACAGGAGCCCCGAGGACGUACAACGAGAUGAGCAGAAAAAGACUUCGUGUUUCUCAAAUAUCAAGAUUUUCUUGGUGUCGGAAUGCGCCCUCAUGUUGGCUCAGGGAACGGUUGGAGCAUACUUGGUGAGUGUCCUAACCACUCUGGAGAGGCGCUUUAACCUGCAGAGUGCCGACGUGGGUGUGAUCGCCAGCAGCUUUGAGAUCGGCAACCUCGCCCUCAUCCUAUUCGUCAGUUACUUUGGGGCCAAGGCGCACAGGCCACGGUUGAUUGGUUGUGGGGGUAUUGUCAUGGCACUGGGGGCCUUGCUUUCAGCACUGCCAGAAUUUCUCACCAACCAGUAUGAUUAUAAGGGUAUGUCGUGGAUGGAACUGGGACAGGAUGUGUGCCUCAAUGUCUCCAGCUCUGAAGUAUCCAGGAGGAAAUCUGAUGAACUGUGUGACAAUAGGGCCAACACCAAUAUGAUGUACCUACUGCUGAUUGGAGCCCAGGUUUUGCUGGGUAUUGGUGCCACACCAGUACAGCCACUCGGCGUAUCCUACAUAGAUGAUCAUGUGAAAAAGAAAGAUUCCUCACUCUACAUAGGCAUCCUUUUCUCCACACUGGUGUUUGGUCCUGCCUGUGGCUUCAUCCUGGGUUCCCUGUGCACUAACAUCUAUGUGGAUGCUUUAUUUAUUGACACCAGCAAGCUGGGCAUUACCUCUGAUGACCCACGUUGGAUUGGAGCUUGGUGGGGAGGUUUUCUCCUGUGCGGUGCCUUACUCUUCUUCUCAGCACUGCUUAUGUUCGGUUUUCCCCAGUCUUUAUCCGAAAGGCCUGAGGAGGGAGGGAUGGAGAGUGAGCAGGCCAUGCUUCCCUCACCUCCAGGAACACGACAGAGCAAUGGAGUCCUCCGCAACCACGAACCCAACGGCAGUGCGUCCUGUUGUCAGCAACUCCGAGUGAUUCCCAAGGUAACCAAGCACUUGCUGUCAAAUCCAGUUUUCACCUGUAUCAUCCUGGCUGCCUGUAUGGAGAUAGCGGUGGUGGCCGGCUUUGCUGCCUUCCUAGGCAAGUACCUGGAGCAGCAGUUCAAUCUAACUACCACUUCGGCCAAUCAGCUUCUCGGUAUGACUGCCAUUCCGUGUGCUUGUCUGGGCAUAUUUCUGGGUGGUCUUCUGGUGAAGAAGCUGAAUCUCUCGGCCCUGGGGGCUAUCCGGAUGGCCAUGCUGGUUAAUUUGAUCUCCACUGCCUGCUAUGUGUCCUUUCUCUUUCUCGGCUGUGACACUGGCCCUGUCGCCGGGGUGACCGUCCCCUACGGCAACGAGACCCUGCGAACUGGGGCGGUGCCAGGAGCUUCUUGCAUCAGUAACUGUCACUGCUUCACCUCCUCUCUCAGUCCUGUAUGUGGUUCCAAUGGCGUCACCUACCUGUCCUCCUGCUUUGCUGGCUGCACCAAAACCAAUAUGACAGGGUGUGCGUGUUUCAGCACUGAUGGUGACUUUGGCACGGCUGUGACAGGGAAGUGUCCACGCCCGGGAUGCCAGGAGGCCUUCCUCAUCUUCCUAUGUGUCAUCUGUGCUUGCAGCAUGAUUGGAGCUAUGGCCCAGACUCCCUCUGUAAUCAUCCUUAUCAGGACUGUUAGUCCUGAGCUGAAAUCAUAUGCGCUUGGAGUUCUGUUUCUGCUGCUACGACUAUUAGGGUUCAUUCCCCCUCCCUUGAUCUUUGGUGCUGGGAUUGACUCGACAUGUCUUUUCUGGAGUACAGAGUGUGGAGACAAGGGUGCCUGCGUGCUGUACGACAAUGUUACUUACAGACACCUGUAUGUCGGCUUAGCAAUUGGCCUCAAGGUCAUCGCCUUCCUUCUCUACACGACCACGUGGCAGUGUUUGCGCAGGAACUAUAAGAAAUACAUCAAGAACAAUGAGGGCUACCUAACACCUUCUGAAAUAUUCUCUUCCAACAUGACCUUAGACAACCUGGGCAAGGACAUGAGCCAGAACCCAGUUAACAGGACAAAAUUUAUAUACAACCUGGAGGACCAUGAGUGGUGUGAGAACAUGGAAUCCGUUUUAUAG